AUGACAACAAAAACACGGAAGGAGCAGGAGUCAGCUGACACCACUCGCACUGGUUUGCUGUCAGUUUGUCACUGGGACCAGCGCCGGUCGCUAUGGACGACCAGGAGAUGCAGCUGAAAGUCAGACGAGUGACUGACAAGUUCACAGAGAGCAUGUACGUGCUGGCGAACGAGCCGUCGGUGGCUCUGUACCGACUGCAGGAACACGUGAGGAGGUCGCUGCCUGAACUGGUGCAGCACAAGACAGAUAUGCAGAGCUGGGAGGAGCAGAGUCAAGGAGCCAUCUACACUGUGGAGUACGCGUGCAGUGCCGUGAAGAGCAUGACCAACAGCAGCAUGUAUUUCAAAAACAUCGAUAGCCUCCUCCGUCAAGCCAUCAGCUUGAAGGAGCAGAUAAGCAACUCUCAAGGACGCAGCUGUCAUGAUGUGACCCCCCCUCCCAGUACCCUUGUCUCUGCUCUACAUGCCCCACCCUCUUCCUCAUGUCAUCUGAACAGAGGUGUUCAAGCAGGAAAAGGGCCAUUGACUCUGGCGCAGCAAAGGAAGGUGGAGAAAAGCACAACUCUGGGAUGUGACGUGGCUUCCUGAGCAGGCAGUUUUGCUUUCUACAGCUCUGGUACCUCAUGAUUGUGGCUAAUGUGGGGUCAUAAGGACGACACCUCCUCUUCACAAUGGAGUGACUGCCUCCACUGGCCCCAUAGUACAAGCCGCUGAGUGGAACAGAGCACCACAGCGCUGCCAGGUUCAGCAUUAAAAACACUUAAGUCAUGGACGCUGCUCAAAGAAUGCAUUGUUCUCUCUGGACUGGCUGGAUGGACCAGAGAGAAAGCAGCAGAGCUGUUUUUGCUUCUGCUGCUGAAAAUCAACAGUAAUGCCAGUGUCUUGGACGCUAGAUUUCAGUCUUGUUUUAAUUUAUUUGUUUAUGGUUGAUGGCUACAUACUGUGAGUAGCCUGCAUAUAAAUUAUAAAAGCUUGUAACACAUUCACAUUGAAAACACACAAAGGUGUGCUAGAAGCCAACAACAGGUUCCCAGCUCCAACUUAUGUUUCACUGUCUAAGUGUAUAUUCAUGCCAUAUUGUGUAAAAUGUUCUUCAAGAGAGAAUUCAGACUUUAAAAACAUAACAACCCCAUUAUUCAUCGUUUUGUUCUUACCUGCUAAGUAGACAGAGACCCCCAGGCAGAAGAGUCCAAUAGCCACAUGUCGCACAGCUCUGCUAUCCAAGAGGAACCAGUCUGCUCUGUUGAAAGAAAUGUCAUUUAGUUUUUCAUGCUUCAGAUGCAGUAUAUGUACACUUAAACAUUUUACUCUUUAGAAUGAAUAUUAAGUUUUUUUUCACGAUCUUUGCCAAAUAAUCAAACUUCUCUUGCUCCUUUUAUUUCUCCCCCAAUAAGUUGUCAUAUCAUAAGUAUGAGCCCUAAGACAUUCAAUUGAUUAUGUGGGUAUGUUACGUAAUGAUUGGUGUAGCUCAUUGCUAUUCACAUUAUCUUGGAAUGUCCCCUCUGUAAGUGGGGAGGUCGAGGGCCAUGCUUUUGGAUUCGUAUACCGACGUGGGAAAGGACCAGCUAGAGGCCGUGCACUGGGUGCAUAAUGAGAGGAAGGCCAUUGUUUGGCUGGGAUUCACGGGGGUUGCGAGGUGGGGGUGGACCAACAACAUUGCAGUGCGGGCCUCUGCACUCUGACACAUGUGGGCUUUUAUGCUUCUGAGGCCGUGUUUUCUUUUAAUGAAACUUAAUACAGUUGAACCUAGAUCAGGCUGAGGUUUACAGGGGAACAAUUAAAGGACCAGGAGAAACAUACUUAACAUGAUUGAAUGCUGAUUUCCACUAAAAGCUAGAGUGUUAUACACUUACAAUCAAAGACUAGAAAUUACAAAUCCAUUAGAGAUGAAGUAUUGUUUUGCUCUGCUCCAUAUUUAAAUGUUCAAAUACAUGUUUGUUGGAAGGGGGAGGUUCAAAGCAAACCCAUUCACUUCAAACUACAGCCUCAAAAUUAGUGGUAACGUUGUGUCUCUUUAAUACUUUUAUAAUAAGUAAUUUAAUUUGCACCAUGUUUAUUAUUUAUUACAGAAACGUUAAACUGUAGAUUGGUAUCAAGGCAUGUACAAGGUUAUUGUUAAAGUCAAAUUAUGUAACUCUUUGCCAAAGAGUAGCUGUGGCACCAAGUAACAAUGACAGAAUAAUGGCAGAUGCCAAAAUGAAGCAUUUUAAGAAGUAAAAAAAAAAAAGUAAAAUUGAUGGAAUAUGAUGAUUUAAUAAUCAUAAUAUCAAUCCAAAGUUCCCUUGCUCUCCAGUUUUCUCAGUCAGUUCCUCAUUUAUAUGUUUGUUCCAUGUUACGGUGCUGUAAUGUUAUCGCCACCAUUAUGGAUUGAAUGAUGUUCAUUGCUUUCUUCUUUCUAUCAUGUUUUAAUUUUAAAGAUUUUGUUGAAUAAAGUUUAUUCGAGAAAAA